GUGAGAAAAAUGCAGAGAGAGAAACCUGGCUUCCAUAAGAGGAGAAAAGAGCAUAGCUUAAUUUGGUGCUUGUUCAGCCAUUGGGAUAGUAUGAAGCCUACUAUUUUGCUAUGUACCUUUUUGCUUCAUUUCACUCUUGCUGUGGCAUCAAACCCCCAAUACAUCCUCUGGGUCUCCCCUGUGGUGCAGCGUUACUCGAUGGAAAAAGCUUGCCUCCAUCUUUUAAACCUUAAUGAAUCUGUAUCUUUGAAUGUUGUCUUAGAAUAUGAUGGAUCUAAUACUACUAUUUUUGAUCUGUCUGUGGAAGAAGACACCUUCUAUUCCUGUGCGAAUUUCAAGGUCUCUCAGAAGUCCUCUGAACAGUUGGCUUUCAUCACAUUGUUGGUGAAGGGCAACACUCUUAAAAUCUUUGAGAGAAGAUCUGUAGCCAUCACUAAAGAAGAGACAGUAACUUUCAUACAGACCGACAAACCCAUCUAUAAGCCUGGAGAGAAGAUUAACUAUCGUGCUGUGACGCUGAAUACUCAGUUCAAACCUAUUGAGGAUUUGUAUCCUUUAAUCAGACUUCAGGAUCCUGAAAGCAAUGUGAUUUUUCAGUGGAAAAAUGUGUCUUCUUUCCGAAAUAUUACACAGCUUUCAUUUCAAUUGAGUUCAGAACCAAUGCUUGGCGUUUAUACAAUUUCUGUGGAAGGAAAAUUGGGACAGACUUGGACACACCAAUUUACUGUUGAUAAAAACGUGCUACCCAAGUUUGAAGUUAAGCUCAGUGCACCACAAACAAUAACUAUUUUAGAUGAUGAAUUUCAAGUGGAUGCAUGUGCUAAGUACACUUUUGGCGGCUCUGUACAAGGAAAAGCCCAAAUCCGAGUGUGCAGGGAAAUAUUGUCUUCUGGGAGCUGUGAAGAAGGUGCCAAUGAAAUAUGUGAGCAAUUUGUUGCCCAGGAAUACCAACUGAAGUUUUUACUAUCAAAAGGUGUGCAGAUCAGUGAAAAGACCUCUGUUGCUGUCACUGAAUUGCUUGGGAGCGUGCGCUUCGAAAACAUGGAUGAUGUCUACAGAGAAGGAAUUUCUUAUUUUGGAACUCUCAAAUUUUAUGGUCCCAGCGAUGUGCCGCUGACAAGCAAGCUGCUGCAGUUGAAGCUCAAUGGCAAGGUGGUGGGGAACUACACUACAGACGAGAAUGGCGAGGCUCAGUUUUCCAUCGACACUUCGGACCUAGAUGAUUCUAUGCUCUUCCUGAAAGCCAGAUUCCUUCAGCCCAAGAGCUGCGGUCUUCCAGGCUGGAUGACGCCUCACUACUCGGACGCCUCCUUCGUAGUCUCACGCUUUUACUCCCGGACCAACAGCUUCCUGAAGAUCGCGCCCGAAUCGAAGCCGCUGAAAUGUGACCAAGAGAAGAUCAUCACUGUGUAUUACUCCCUAAACCACGAAGCAUACACGGAUGCCUCGAAUGCGAGCUUCUUCUACUUGGUGAUGGGGAAAGGCACUAUCCUCCUCAAUGGACAAAAGAAACUCAGAAACAAAGCCUGGACCGGGAAUUUCUCAUUGCCAGUCAACAUCAGUGCCGACCUGGCUCCUACGGCUGUCCUGUUUGUCUACACCAUUCACCCCAGUGGGGAAAUCAUUGCCGAUGGUGUCAAAUUCCAGACUGAAAAGUGUUUUAAAAACAAGGUUAGCCUCCAGUUCUCUAAGGAACAGCAGCUGCCUGGUUCCAAUACCACUCUCUAUCUUCAUGCUGCACCUGAUUCCUUCUGUGGCCUUCGAGCAGUGGAUAAAAGUGUCCUUCUACUGCAAAUGGAGCAGCAGCUGUCUGCCGAAAGCGUGUAUAACAUGCUUCCAGACAGAAAGCCUUAUAGUUAUUUCUACAAUGGUCUCAACCUCGAUGAUGACAGGGUAGAGCCUUGUAUUCCCCGGAAAGCCAUGUUUUACAAUGGUUUGUAUUACAUUCCUCUGCCCUUCUUUGACGAUGAGGACACCUAUGAGAUUCUCAGGAAUGUGGGUUUAAAAGUUUUUACCAACCUCCGUUACCGAAAACCAGAACUAUGUAUGAUAGACGGAAGUCAUCCAUACCUCAGGCCAGCGGAUCUAGGAAGAGAAAGAUACAUGCCAUACGGUUCAUCUGCAGUGACAAAUUUUAAGUUGAGAGAGAACACCAACCAUGUACAACAGGCUAUCAUAGAAACUGUCAGAACAAACUUCCCUGAGACAUGGAUAUGGGACCUCUUCAGUGUUGAUUCCUUGGGGUCAGCGAAUCUUUCAUUCAUCACUCCUGACACGAUGACCGAGUGGAAGGCCAGCGCCUUCUGCGUGAGCGGCGAGGCUGGCUUUGGCAUCUCUCCCACAGUCUCUCUACAAGUUUCCCAGGCUUUCUUUGUGGAAAUCGCUUCCCCCUUCUCAGUUGUUCGAAAUGAACGAUGUGAUUUGAUUGUCAGUGUCUUCAGCUACCUGAACACGUGUGCAGAGAUAUCUGUUCAAUUAGAAACAUCUCACAAUUACGAAGCCAAUAUUAACUCUCCGGAGAGCAAUGACAGUGUGAUUAUCCAGGCUGGAGAGAAGCAAACCUACGUCUGGACUCUCCUGCCUCAAACUCUGGGUGAAAUCAAUGUCACUGUGGUUGCCAAGUCCAAGGGGAACAGUGCCUGCCUAAAUUCAGCAACAGAGCAGCUCAAUUUGAACUGGAAGGACGUUGUGGUCAAAAGCAUACUGGUCGAGCCUGAAGGCAUUGAAAAAGAAAUGACCCAGAGUUUUCUUAUUUGUACAAAAGGUACCAAAGUCUCCAAAGAAAUCAAGUUGGACUUGCCAAAUGAUGUAGUAGAAGGAUCUGCCAGAGCCUUUUUAAUUGUCAUAGGAGAUAUCCUUGGUGUUGCAGCUCGGAAUCUGGAGCAUCUUCUCCAGAUGCCCUACGGCUGGGGAGAGCAGAACAUUGCCCUUCUAGCUGCCAAUACCUACAUCCUUGACUACCUGAGAGCUACAAAGCAAUUGACGGAGGAAGUUAAAUCUCAGGCACUCUUUCUCUUAUCUAAUGGUUAUCAAAAGCAACUGUCUUUCAAAAAUUUUGAUGGCUCGUAUAGUGUGUUUUGGCAAAGGGAUCAAGAAGGAAACAUAUGGUUCAGCGCCCUUACUUACAAGACAUUUGAGAGGAUGAAGGAGUAUGUAUUCAUUGACAAAACGGUUCAAGAACAGACCUUAAUUUGGUUUUCAAGCAAACAGAAAGCCAAUGGCUGCUUUGAAAGUGAUGAUGCCAUUUCCCACAAUGCUUGGGAGGGUGGAGAGGAAGAGGAUGUUGUACUCACUGCAUCUGUGGUUGCCAUGUUCCUUGAAGCUGGGCUCAAUUCCACUUUUCCUGUUUUAAGAAAUGGGCUCUUUUGCCUGGAAGAUGCCUUGGAAAGGGGUGUCACUAACGACUACACCCGCGCAGUCCUCGCCUACACUUUUGCAUUAGCUGGAAAAGAAGAGCAAGUGGAAGGCUUGCUCCAGCUCUUGGAUCAAUCUGCCACAAAAAUAAAUAACAUGAUAUACUGGGGUAAAGAAAAGGAAGCCAACACAGACAGUUUCUCAUCUUUUCUUCCUGCGGCUCCUAGUGAGACUGAGAAGACUUGUUAUGUGCUGCUGGCUGUACUGUCCCAAAGGACCCAGGACUUGACCUACGCUAGCAAGAUCGUGCAGUGGCUGGUCCAGAAGAUGAACUCCCGUGGAGGCUUCGCUUCCACGCAGGAUACCACAGUCUGUCUUCUUGCCAUAACCAGCUAUAUGAAAUUAACCUUCUCUAACGAUCAAAACUCAGUCACCUUUCUAAGUGAAGAAUCCAUGGAGAUUUUCCAUGUCAACAAAGAAAAUCGUUUAUUGGUCCAACGCUCAGAACUGACAAAGGCAGACGGGCACUACACAGUCAAUGUGGAAGGCCAAGGCUGUGCAUUUAUCCAGGCCACAGUCAAGUUCAGUGUGCCACUACCCAAAAAGUCAUCUGGAUUUUCACUUUCCUUGGAGAUUGUGAAGAACUCCUCUUCGGAUGUGUUACAGACUAAGUUUGACCUUACAGUGACCCUCAAAUACACUGGUAAUCACAGUAACCCCAGUGUGGUCCUUGUGGAUGUAAAGAUGCUUUCAGGAUUUACCCCAGUCCUGUCAUCUGUGGAGCAGCUUGAAAGCGGUGGCCAUGUGAUGAAGACCGAAGUCAAGAAUGACCAUGUACUUUUCUACUUAGAAAAUGUUCUGGAUACAGCAAGCAGUUUCACUGUUUCUGUUGAGCAAAGCAACCUCGUGUCUAACAUUCAGCCAGCUCCAGUCAUGGUCUACAAUUAUCAUGCAAAAGAUGAAUAUGCCUUUGAUUCCUACAACAUUGAUAAUAUUUCUGUUUCCCACUGAAGCAUACAGAAGGAUCAGGUGGAAGCCUAUUUCUUUAACAAACUCCUCUUCUAUUGAACUCUGAGAAUCACGAAGCACCACAGAUUUUGAAUAAGCCACAAUCUGCUAUGUCUUGUUGUCAAAUUUUGCCUCUUUUCUAGCCCAUUAAAUUCUAUGAUCUCA